AUUUCAUUGCAAAUCCUGACAGAUCCCCAUUGUGUCCCACACUAACCAAUCACAGCGAGGCUGAUGUCAUGGUUUGACACUAUUGUAAACUACCCAAUCAGGAACAAGGAUUUCCCCCAUCCUUAAUUAGCAUUGUUGACGACGUCAGGCUAUUAAAAAUCGAGCUCCGAGCCUUUUUUCUUUCAUUCUGUGUCUGAAAGUGACCAUCGCUAUGGCCGAUGAGAAGAAAACGCAGCCAAUCUCCAAGAAGGGCGCGAAGAAAAUUAUCAAGAAGGCGCCGGGUAAAGGCAGCAAGAAAAGGAAACGAUCCAGGAAAGAAAGUUACUCCACCUACAUCUACAAAGUGAUGAAGCAGGUUCACCCCGACACCGGCAUCUCCUUCAAGGCCAUGAGCAUCAUGAACUCGUUCGUCAACGAUAUUUUCGAGCGUAUCGCGGGGGAGGCUUCCCGCCUGGCCCAUUAUAACAAGCGCAGCACCAUCAGCUCCCGGGAGAUCCAGACCGCCGUGCGGCUGCUGCUGCCAGGGGAGUUGGCCAAGCACGCCGUGUCGGAGGGUACAAAGGCGGUGACCAAGUACACCAGCUCCAAGAUGAACCGAGAUGAAGCCAGAGCAGCUGCUGAAUUGCGAUAGCAAGUGUGAAAUUGUGCCUGAAGUCUGAUCAAGGACAACAGGCGACGGCAACUUCAAACUGUUGUUUAAAGUUUGAACGCGCUCACCCGGAAGAACAUUGUGUCAGGUUUGAUCAAUACUCGGUGUGCACUUCAAAAGUAAAAUUAAAACAAAAAAAAGUGCA